AUGAUGUUAAAAUUGGGCAUGCUGGAUAAUUUUGUGGCUUUGAUUAUGAACUGUGUUAGUACUGCCUCGUUUGAUGUGCUUGUCGAUGGUCAACCGUCAAGGAAUUUUAAGUCUAGUCGGGGGCAUAGACAAGGUGAUCCCAUCUCCCCUUUCUUGUUUAUUUUGUGUGCGGAAGGUUUGUCAGCUUUGCUUAGAGAUGCAGAAAGCAGGAAACUCAUUCAUGGGGUAAAAAUUGGGAGAUAUGUAAAGCCUAUUUCUCACUUAUUUUUUGCGGAUGAUAGCUUGCUUUUUGUGAGAGCGACGGAGGAUGAAGUUGAUAGUGUGCUUGGGAUCCUUUCUACCUAUGAGGUGGCUUCGGUUCAGAAACUGAAUAUGGACAAAUCAGAGGUGUCAUUUAGCCGAAACAUUGAGCAAGAAUGGAAAAAUAUGCUUCAGAUGAAGUUCUCUUGUAAAGCUAUCGAAGGACAUGACAAAUAUCUUGGUUUACCAACCUACAUUGGUGGAUCCAAGAAACAAGUUUUUCAGAAUAUUCAGGAUCGGAUUUGGAAGAAACUAAAAGGGUGGAAGGAGAAGUUUCUAUCUCAAGCCGGGAAAGCAAUAUUGAUUAAAUCAAUUGUCCAAGCAAUCCCGACUUAUGCUAUGCAAUGCUUCCUGAUUCCGACAAGUAUCUUAGAGACGUUAUUGGAGGCUAAGAUUAGUCCGAAUUCGAGUUACACUUGGAGGUCUAUUUUGGGUGUUCGUGAGGUCCUUUUGAAAGGUGUAAGGAAGAAUGUAGGGGAUGGAGCUACUAGCAAUAUUUGGCAUGAUACUUGGGUCCCAAACCUCCCUGGUUUCACUGUUGCCUCAAGCCAAAAUGAUGAUGCUCAUGAGCUCACCUAUGUCCGUCAGUUAUGGGAUAAUAGGGAAUGGGAUUUAAAUGUCCUCAAUGCAAUUUUUUCCCAAACUGAGGACAGUCAAUACUCGGUGAGGAGCGCAUAUAAUUUAAUCACUGAUGAGCAAAGGCGUGAUAUGGCGGCUGAGUCAAAUAGUGGGUGUUUCUUUGACUGGAGAGUGAUUUGGAGUGCUGAAAUUCCCCAAAAAUUUAAAUUGUUUGCUUGGAGAGCUAUCAAGAAUGUUGUUGUUGCCCGUGGUAACCUUGCUUGUAGAGGUAUAGAGGUUGAUGUGCUUUGUCCUAUGUGUGGAGAAUGUAACGAGAGUACGCUGCAUAUGUUGGUUAAAUGUGAAGAUGCAAAGAUGAUUUGUGAAAGGCAUGGUUCCCUCUACGGCAUUUGGGACGCGAUUGUAAAUGAUAUCUUGCAGCUUGCUCAGCAAUGUCAGAGUUGCUCCUUUUCCUUUGUGAAGAGAGGUGGAAACAAAGUUGCACAUGCCCUUGCCAAACUAUGUAAUCAAUUUAUUGAUCUUAGAGUUUGGGUGGAGGAUUACCCAAAUGAUGUAACUGCACUUGUGUUGGCUGAUUUAAGCCAUAUUGUUUGA